AUGGAUGUGUGGAUGUCUCGGAGUCACGUAACAGACUCCUCAACCACCAAGGUGCCUGCUGACCCGGGGGUGCUCUACCAUUACGGCCACAUGACUCCUGCAGAAGAGGCGAGAGUUCAAUACUCACACAGGACUCUUGCUGACGACGGGCGGGCCUUCUACGGCCACAGGGGAGAGUACACCCCAGAGAGGCAGCAAAGUACCGUCUGCCAGGAGUCUGGACGGCGGGAGACCGGGAACUCUAUGGGACAACAGCAGUAUCCGUCCAUACCACCAGUCUCCUCAUUUCCCGGUAUCACUCCUACCCCACACUGGUACUACCUCACUACACCUACGUCAGGGACGCUGCAGAAGAGUUCUCUACUCCCAGGAUCGCAAGCUACAUCGUCAGGAACAAAAGGGGAGACAGCAGCGUUAGGAGGACCACCAACAGCAGCAGCUGCGGACACAACAACACCUACCAACGCGACUCCUUAUGUCAAGGGGUCAUGGGUGGGCCCUACAGGGCCAAGGCGGAGUCGCCGGAGGUACCAGCUGUGGCGGGAGUCCCGACAGUUCCUGGACACUUGUUACUACCAGGAUAGGCGGGGUCAACACGGAGUCAAGCUGCCCUACUGUCCUCCGGGAAUGCCACAGCCGCCACCACCACCACCGCCGCUACUGCCACUACUGGAUCUCCCCGACGGGAGGUCUUCGGGAAACACCAGCAAACCUCCUCCACCUCUCCUGCCCCUCUCAGAUACAGGCAUGAUUCAGCCACCUCCUCCACACCACCUGUAUCCUCCACAGGUAGACUCUGAACCAUCACAACAUCACUCCCUCUCCCCGCCGGAGACUUCAGCUUCGUCAAGGGUGAAGACAACACAGCAGACCACCCGUAGUUACUUACAGCCCCACCACCACUUGCCGGAGAUCACCGCCACCCUACCACCACACCCCCACCAUCACCAGCCCUACUGCCAGUACCACCGUCAUCUCAACCUCCAGGACUACACCACCUACCCGCACCACCUCCCCCUCCCUGGAGACGGCGGGGAUACUCGUCUAAGGCUCAGGUACCCACUACCUCAUCCUCCCCCUCCCUGCCCACACAGACGUCCGGAGGCCCUGAUCCACCUCCCCCAGCCUGUAGGGACGCAAGAGACCCUGAGGGACCAGCAAAUCAGGGCUGCAGCCUACCUGAGGACCUUGUACCAUCCAUAA